AUUUGUGUUUACAUCGUUCGAAAUACAUGAGCAGAGCAGCUUGAAGAUCCCACUGUUUUGCUUUUCCCUUGGAUGAGUUUUAGCUCAUAUUUACCAAGUCGAACGGAACUUUUUGUUUUAUAAUCAUACUUCACAGGCAACAUGGCUAAGCAUCAUCCCGAUUUGAUUUUUUGCCGUAAACAGCCAGGCGUUGCUAUUGGCCGGUUAUGUGAAAAGUGCGAUGGCAAGUGCGUGAUUUGCGACUCCUAUGUGCGACCCUGCACGCUGGUUAGAAUCUGCGAUGAGUGCAAUUAUGGAUCAUACCAAGGCCGAUGCGUCAUCUGCGGAGGACCGGGCGUCUCGGACGCUUACUACUGCAAAGAGUGUACUAUUCAGGAGAAAGAUAGAGAUGGAUGCCCAAAAAUUGUAAACUUGGGAAGCUCAAAAACAGAUCUCUUCUACGAGCGCAAGAAAUACGGAUUCAAGAGGAGAUAGACGUUUGGACAUGUUCUGCGAUCAUUGUUUAACAAAUUCCACAUUUCAAAUAAGUAAAAUUGUAUUAAUAUUUCUCAUUUUACUGUUCCAUAAAUAAAAUCUGAGGAAACUGAUGAA